AGGCUUACAUAUAUUACAAGUGCGUCUGUGUGAUCGUACCAGUUGACUUAAUUGAGGUGGUUACAUGCAUCCAUCGAUCGUCUCUCCCGUUUUACUUUUUAGUGCCACGGUUUCAAAGAGAGUUCUUGAUUAUUCAGAAGCAUGAAGUGUAUCAUCGUCACAGUCCUUCUUCUGGCAGUUGCAGGCCUGUCAUAUGGAACUGGUCAACAACUCAAGUGCAAGGCUUGUAUAUCCUUACAAACACAGCCUAAUCUCAUUGAUCUGCAAUGCAAUAUGAGCAAUCUACCAGAAGUGACAUGCUGGAACAACAUGACCGCUUGUGGACGCGCUACAAUCAAUGGGACGGGAAUAGUAAAGUCCAAUCCCAAUCCACCCGUGCCAGUGGCCUUCAAUGCUACCAUUUUUGGAUGUGUGCAGACAAUCAAAAGUAAUACAUGCAGUGAAGAUAAUGAUGCCCGAUCCGACUUGCUCGGAAAUAUUUUGAGUUAUCGCGAUGACUAUGGUAUCUCUGACACAGCGGCUUCGUUCGUAGGACGUUUGCCAAUGAUAUUUCAGGCAGACACAACCCGGCUGGAUGCAAACAUUGUAUGCCCCCUCAACGGGACUAUUGUUGGAGGGGCUGGGUCUCUGCGUACCGACGUCGUCGUCGUCAUUGCUGCUCUUCUCAUGGCUAUUUUUGCUAAGGAGUUUUAAGAUUGUAGGGACUCUUCUGGUUCUUCUUAUUCUUCUUCUCCUCUUCCUCCUCCCCUCUUCUUCUUUUUUUCUUCUUCUUCUCCUUCUUCUUCUUCUUCUUCUUCUUCUUUUUUUAAAUUCAAAUAAACAAAUAGUGCAUUAGCGGCAUGCAUUUUGUUUCUCGAAGUGAAAUUAGAAAAAGAUUUGGGUUUUUUGUUAACAUAUUAUAUAUUAUUAUUAUUCAUAGAGUACUGUAGCUUAUGAAGCUAAUUUAAUGUGCACAUUCGCUGGAUUCAAGAGGGCGCUGUAGGACGGUGCUGUAAACACGGGUCUAAUGCUGCUUUUGACGAGAGGUUUCACGGGCCUAAUUACAACUGGCAGGCAAAAGAUAUUCAUUCGAGUCAACCCAUUCUCAAUUUUCAAAUUUGAUAUUGCUGAUUGACAAAAAUGAAUGAAUAUGACUGACAAUCUAACACUGAUUCUAGGGAGGGUACCUACUGAACUUCCUUUUUCCAAAUUGGAAAGAUAUAUCACUACUUUGGAACUAUUUUGUUACUGGUGGAAGAAUUAGGGCCAUUUUACUCUCUCAAGUGAUGAAUUUGAUCCUGUCAGGUGUAAUCUUUAUAAAUGCCGAUUUAUUUUUAAAAUGAGCCGGUCGAGGUACCCUUUUCUGGUCAGAUAUGGAAUGUCAGAUAUAUAUCCUGUCCACUGGUAGUAAACAUUCAACCCUCGAAUUUCCUCUUUAUCUUUUAUGAUUUUUUUCAAAGUGCCACUUUAACACACGAGUCUUUGGGAAAUGAAUUAGGCAUGUGAUACCUAUAUCGGCGUACGUUGGCCCAAACAUCUGAUGACGCCACUUCACAAAACAGAAGGUUUCGAAAAGCAGCCAAAGCGUACGCAACUGAGAAUCAAGGGUUUGGGCAUUCAGAACAUGACAUCUGCGUGAGCGUCGUUUAACUUUGGUGUCAAUGAUCUGCUCGCACCGUCGAUUGCAGCGCGUAAAUACAAUGAAUGUCCAACAGCUCUCUCUUAAAUCCUGGCAACGUGCAAUUGUAGGUUCUUUUAACUUCAAAUGUAUACAGUGCGUUUCAGAAAAAAGAGUAAUCCAAAUAUAGAGGGCUGGUAUAUUCGUAUCAUAUUUGAUUUCGUGAAAUUAUUCUGCAUGGAUAUGAGAAAAGAACACCUCAGCUUUCAAUUGAUACCCUAUUUGUACCAUUUGUGUCACGCAUGACCGAAUUAAUGUUAAUGACAAUGGGUGAAGAUGACACUUUUUCCAAGUUUUGGUAAAGAGGGUAAAAUCUGCACAUGAUAGAAUAGGAUGUUUUUGAGGUUUCCAAGUAAUUUUUGGAAUGUAGAGUCAAGGCAUUCCUCUGAAAUGAUGUUUGAAAGGUUGAUGUCUUAUUCACCCACACCUUCAACAUGUCCUCCUGCAUGUCCUCCCGUCUCCUUUGCACACAAAGCAGGCACCGUGGAAGGAGAGGGGAGAUGAAUCGCAAGGUAGUCAUAAGCCACGACACCGCACACCUUGCGAUCCGAUUUGCGACUCACGCAUGCGCUUUUUGCUUUUUGGCAUAACAACAAAGAUAAUGCGUUUACUACUGCGUAUGCGCGUUGUUUAUCAUAUACGCGUCGUGCAACUCUGCUGUCUGAUUGGCUGGAAUUUGGAUUGAGCUUGCGAUCCAGUCAUAAGGAUUCGACAUGUCAAAUCCUUCCGAUUUUCCUUGCGACUUGUCUCUGACCGGUCUGCGACUCUGAAGCUGACAUGCGCUGUGACGUCACAUCUCCCCUCACUCAGUCGCAAGCCAGUCGGCGACUGGUCGGGUCGUAAGGUGUGCGGUGGCCUUAAAACAACUCGUCUCACCAUUGCUGGAUCAUUGCGCAAAGCUUCCACCUCAAGUUGAAUUCGGCCCUCCAAAUCAUCAAUAUCUUGAGGAGUUGCGAACCAAGUUGCGAACACCUUGGUUUUCUUUACGUGUCCCCAAGGGAAAUAAUCACAGGGCAUGAUCGAGGUCAUGCAAUCUUGUUAGCCAUUCUACGUCAUGGUUGAGGAUAACAACUCGAUGUCAAACAGUCUAUCACGAAUGGUGUUGGAACGAUGCGCAGGAGGGCCAUCCUGGAUCCACCUGUACACUCCUCGAACAUGUCUCUCAAAAUGUUGAUCCAACUGUGUCACGAUCUCCUCGUCAAUCAUCUGCAAGUACAAUCGCCCAUUUACACUCCCUUGGAAGAAAAAGAGGCCAAUCAAAAUAUUGUUGCCAACUCGGGCAUCGAUGAAAGUAUUUACACCAGCCUCGACCCUUUCAUCAAGUUUUCAAAUACUUCUAAAAAGGGGUAUCUGCAUCUUUUGUCUUCAACAUCAGUUAAUUUGGUCAUGCUUGACACAACUGGUACAAAUAGGGUAUCAAUGUAAAGCUGAGGAAUUCGUCUCUCAUAUCCAACCAUAUGAUUUUAUAGAAUUGAAUGGGCUUUGAAUUUCGGCUCUCUAGAUUUGGAUUACCUUUUUUUCUGAAACGCAUUGUAUAAUUAGAGAUAUCGGACACCGUUUAAACGGAUUAUUGUUUUACGUACGAAAUUUCUAAAACUAAUCAAUAUCAAUGUUUUAGCUAGUGAUACAUCUUAAGUAUAUAUCGAUACAGACAUAUUAUAAGCAGAGUACAUGUAAGACCCCAAGCUGUUAUUUUAUUACGAGCACAUUUUAUGAAAUUUUCGAAUAAUUAUUUUGUUACUGUCUUUUGAGUGGGAAUGAUCGGGCUGGCAGUUCAUUGCAGUUGUAAAUUGGUUUUCAUAUUUCUGGUUGUACACUAAACGAAAAAGGCAGAUAGGAACAACUACCAACACUCGUGGUU